AGGCCACGCCGCGGAGCGAAGGGAGAAGACGGUGGAAGAGCACACCUCCGCAACGGGACUGAAACCAGCGUUUGGUCGUUCCAUAUCCUCAAUUCGUCUUUAAAGUUUCAACCCAAGCCGUCGUAAUCGCGUCACAGUCCUUUCCAAACUAAGCUGUCCAAUUGCCGCCAAGCAUGCCGCUUCUCGCCUCGGACCUCCUCAGAAAGGCGGCCUUGGCGGCCGCCCGCCCGCUCACACCGGAAACCGAUGAUACGGACGAAGGAUACGACGACGACGAUUUCCCAGAACAAUUCCCUUUCUGGUACAAUGCGCCCAGCGGAGUGCAAAAGAUGAGCGACGAGAAAGGAGGAAUAGAUGCGAAGCGUCAGAAGCGACGAAAGGGCGGUUCCAUAGACGAUCUACGACCACCCACACCACCAUCGCCGAAACUAAACAGACGAGCCUCAUACUUGGACCACGAUUCCGUUCUGCAGUACUUUGUCGCCAGCGGUGACGAAGAGACGAAACUCGAUCGAUACCUGACAGGCAUCAUCGAUGCAUUUCUCACCGAGCCUUCGCCUGUAUACGCGACGCAGCCUGAUACCCCGGAAUCACUGAAAGCCAAAUUCAACAAUGCCCAGGUCCCACUCCGUCGCAAAUCCGUCGGAAAGAGCGGCACAUCCGCCGAAGAUUACCUCAAAGCCGUCAAAGCAAACGUCGUCGACCGAGCCACUCGAGUCUCCUCCCCGAAAAUGAUCGGCCACAUGACCACCGCCCUGCCCUAUUUCCACCGCCCACUGGCCCGCUUACUAGCGGCCCUGAACCAGAACGUCGUCAAGCUCGAAACGGCGUCGACAAUGACGUACCUCGAACGAGAAACGGUCGCGAUGCUGCAUCGCGAGUUUUACAAGGAGUGUCCUGCGUUCUAUCAGAAAUAUAUUCAUAGCCCGGAACAUUCCCUGGGCGUCUUUUGCUCGGGAGGCACUAUUGCGAAUAUCACCGCCAUGUGGGCCGCGCGGAAUCGGGCAUUACCUGCUGAUAAUGAGACGGAUGCUGGAUUCAGGGGCGUUGAUAAGGAAGGGCUAUACAAAGCGCUGUCGUAUUACGGAUACAAAGGCGCGGUCAUUGUAGGGAGUCGGCUCAUGCACUACUCGUUCAAGAAAGCAGCGGAUCUGCUUGGGUUGGGAGACGAUGGGUUGAUCACAAUCGAUGCAGAUGACCAGUUCCGGAUGCGGGUAGAUGAGCUCGAGACACGGCUGGCUGAGCUAAAAGCAGCAAACAUAUUGGUCGUGGCGGUUGUGGGGAUCGCAGGGACGACUGAAACGGGGUCCAUCGACCCUCUGGAGCGUAUCGCCUCGGUGUGCGCCUCCAACAAGAUCCAUUUCCACGUUGAUGCCGCCUGGGGCGGCCCUCUCAUCUUCUCCACCGAGCACUGCCGCAAACUCUCCGGCAUCCAAUACGCCGACACCAUCACCAUCGACGGCCACAAGCAGCUCUACACCCCCAUGGGCCUCGGUCUCGUCCUCUACAAAGCCCCCACAACAGCACAAGCGAUCCGCAAAACCGCCAACUACAUCAUCCGGCACGACUCCCUCGACCUCGGCAAAUUCACCCUCGAGGGAUCCCGCCCAGCGACCUCCCUCCACCUCCACGCCUCCCUCAACCUCCUCGGCCGCGACGGCCUGGAAUGCCUCGUUACGCGCAGCGCCACCCUCGCCCGCCAGAUGAGCGUUAGGGUCGGGACACACCCCACGGGAGCGUUCCAGGCCCUGCAUACACCGGAAACAAACAUCUUCCUCUGCCGGUAUAUCCCCACAUCCCUCCGCGAGAAAGUCCAUGAAGGAGAUGAACCACUGACGGACACAGAGGACGAGUUUGUGGCUGAAUGCACCCGUCGCGUCCAAACCACCCUCGCAGCCGUCGGAACACCCUCCGCCGCCGGCCUCGAAGCCGCAGCCCGUUCAUCCGAUGACACAUCCCCCACCGACCCCCACCUCGAACCCCACACAACGUCCCUCCCUUUACCCGCCCAGGAAUUCACCGGCUUCGUCUCACGCACCCGCGUCCGCUUCCAAAACCGCGACGUGGACGCGUUCCGGAUCGUGAUUGCGAACCCGUUGACGAGUUGGGAUGAUGUGGAGGAUGUGGUUAGGCAUAUGGUUAUUAUUGGGGAGCGGGUUGAGAAGGAUGUCUGGCGGGAGCGGUUUAUGGGGGUUUUGGGUGCCGCUGAUGAGGUGACGGCGGCGGUGGAUGGUGCAGGCGGAGUGCCCGCGCCGGUGCAGGUGGUGAGGAAGCGGUCUUCGAUGACGAUUUUGCCGGAUCGGCCGAAAGUCGAGAGGAACAGUGGGGAGGAUGAGCGGUGGAAAACUCUGAAAGUGCCUGACGUCGGCGAGAAGCCAUGGGUUGGGUGGCCCUACGACAUAUGAACCCCCGGGAUGGGGUUCGCACUUCCCCGUUCUGGGGACUUUGGGACCCGCCAUUUUCCAUACCCCCGUUCUCAUCAGAGACGAUGCUCAUCGGCUGUAGCAUUCCCUUCCCUUGAUUAUUUGAUGUACAUAGUCAGACGUAGAUUUUUUGUUGAGCUGAUUCAGAACAGAUGCUUUCAUAUGGAUUCACACAAAUAUGAGAUACGCCGCCGUCGCUUUCCAAACUUCAUCGCCUACAUGAACAAAACUCCCGUACAUACUCCAGAC